AUGGCUCUUGUUGCAUCUCCUCCCCUGCCCUCAGUGGAUGUGAUAAUGGACGACUCGCCAGAGCACGAGAUGGCCCAAGUCAGAGUCGAAAUCGAAAAGCUCACUCAACAGCGCAAGGUUCUCGCGGCCUCUCUUCUUGCCUCAACGAAAGCCCAGUCGCGCCUUUCAAACUCCUCUCCAGCCCUGAACGCACCCUCAAACGACAAUAGCCCUCUUCAACUGCAAGACCUACAACUGCAUUCCCAAACGAACGCCCAUCGACUCGCUUUUGGAGUGACCUCAUUCCCCUUCCACGAUCCCUCUCCCGAACUUCAGUCAAGCAACCCACUCCUUGGAAUAAGGAUUGAUAUCUGCAAUCGCAACGGCUUCUUCGAUAGUCCGUAUUAUAUGUUCUGCGUUCGGGCUAGAGACACUGGGGAUGAAUUACGGAUCCAUCGGCACACGAUCCCCGCGCUGGUGCCCCUAGAGCAAUAUGAGAAGCAGUAUCUUCCUAUCUCAUCUUUAGACGACGAAGGCUACGGGGGCUCAGACGACUCAGGACUCAGCAUCAACGAACGAGGAACGACAACGAAACAGGAUCUUCACGGCCUCGUCGCUCGGGUCAGAUAUGAUCUUGUGUGCUGGCGGCUAAGGAAGGACGUCACAGAAUGGUUACGAAAAGAAUUGGAUAUUCCAGAGCCGUCUGCGCAACGUCCGCGCUCCUUCAAGAAUCAAGCAGGAGGAACCAAAGAGGAAGCCGAUAAUAAAGGUGGUGACACCGAAAUGCGCUCUACUGAAGAUGAUUCCGACUAUGAAAGCGAUGAUAGUAAUUCGGAACGCGGAUCAGAAGAAGAUGAAGAAGACGAAGAAGAGGAGAUGACCGGAAAAUUCAACGUGCAGUCUCUCGCCAGCCUAGAGGUCGACGCGCGCCAACUCCGCAUCGUCUGGUUCGAUGACCGCGUUGGUCGGAUCAAGAUCUCCGACGAUGGGAAGGUGCAGAAGGCGGUUGUGAUUGGAUUAGAUGGCAACAGGGUCAAGGACGUGGAGAGGAUCCUGAUGGGCGACGGCGAUGGGAGCGUCAGCCUUUAUGAUCUGGUGGGUCGGUUGGAGGAGGUUUAUAACAGAUCUCUGAGAACUGAAGACCGUGAAAGAGGCGAGCAAGGGGGGGAAAAGGCAAGGAUGACGCGAAGGCCAUGA